UAGUGCAUUGCCACAUUGAAUUCGUAUGUAUAUAUAAACAAUUUGCCUCCCAACAAAAUCAUAACUACUCAAAAUAUGGAGUCAUGGACAAGUCCAACAAAAUUUCAAGUGAAGGAGGGUAUGUUGGUAAUUGGUGUUAUUCUGUUAUGUCUCUGUACAAACGGAGUUGAUGGCCGGAAAUUCGGGUGUUUGGAGUACGAAGCUAUAAAUUGCAGAGCUCACGAGGCGUCGAUAGAAGAUUUUGGAGGAGUUGGCGACGGAGAAACUUCAAAUACUAAAGCUUUUGAAGCGGCAAUUGAUCAUCUUAGCCAGUUUUCUUAUGCUGGUGGCUCUCAACUCUUUGUUCCGCCCGGAAAAUGGCUGACCGGAAGUUUUAAUCUUACCAGUCAUUUUACUCUAUUUCUUCAUAAGGACGCUGUUCUUCUUGCCUCUCAGGAUGAGAAUGAAUGGCCUGUGCUUGAACCAUUGCCAUCCUAUGGAAGAGGAAGGGAUACUGAAGGGGGAAGAUAUAGCAGUCUCAUUUUCGGAACAAAUCUUACUGAUGUUGUAAUAACAGGUGCCAAUGGGACUAUCGAUGGUCAGGGAGAUCUCUGGUGGAAAAAGUUCAAGAACGGAGAGCUGAGUCUCACUAGACCUUACCUCAUAGAAAUUAUGUUUUCUACGGAUAUUCAGAUAUCGAAUCUUACAUUGAUCAACUCUCCUUCAUGGAACGUACAUCCUGUAUAUAGCAGCAAUAUUGUUGUUCAAGGCAUCACGAUUCUUGCACCUCUCAAUUCUCCCAAUACUGAUGGGAUCAACCCAGACUCAUGCACAAACACCAGAAUUGAGGACUGUUACAUUGUCUCUGGAGAUGAUUGUGUGGCAGUUAAAAGUGGGUGGGAUCAAUAUGGUAUUGCUUUUGGGAUGCCUACUAAACAGCUUGUAAUCAGAAGGCUCACUUGCAUUUCUCCGACAAGUGCAGCGAUUGCACUGGGAAGCGAAAUGUCUGGCGGGAUCCAAGAUGUGAGGGCAGAAGAUAUCACUUGUAUUAAUACAGAAUCAGGCGUUAGAAUCAAAACUUCUGUCGGAAGAGGAAAUUAUGUAAAGGAUAUUUAUGUAAGAAGAAUGACGAUGCACACAAUGAAAUGGGUAUUUUGGAUGACAGGAAAUUACGGAUCUCAUCCUGAUAAUAACUAUGACCCUAACGCAAUUCCAAUUAUUGAGAAUAUCAACUAUCGUGACAUCGUGGCCGAGAACGUGACAAUGGCAGCUAGAUUGGAGGGCAUUGCUGGUGACCCCUUCACUGGGAUUUGCUUAUCUAAUGUGACAAUAGGACUUACGAAAAAGCCAAAGAAGCUUCAAUGGAACUGCACCGAUAUACAAGGGAUUUCGAGUAAUGUGACCCCAAAACCUUGUAGUCUGCUCCCAGAGCAAGAGGCCGAGAAGAGUGCAGCAUGCUAUUUUCCGGAAGAUAGCCUGCCGAUCGAGAAUGUUGCGGUGAAGAUGUGCUCUUCCAGAAGGAAAUACUUGUGACUCGGAACAAAGUUUAUGUAUAGCGCAAGUUGUUUUCUAUAUGUAUUAGUAACAACAUUUUAGUGUUAAUUUACUUCACACAAUCUCUAUUCAAGAAAAAAAAAAGAUAGUUCAUUUGCUGAA